GCCAUGCGUAAUAGAGUAUGUCAGUGAGAACACUGUGUACUGACAUUGUUCUGAUAUUGUACUCUGACGUAAUUCUGUUCUCCCUAAAGUUGUUCACCUAGGGCCAUGGCAGUUCCCACCAUUAUAGUGAUUAUUCUCCAGCUACCUAGAUCCACUCAUGUCACAUCCAGAGUGAGAGAGAUCCCAUAUUAUAGAUCUAGUCAGAGUCCUCCUGACCCAUAGAAAUAGUAAUUAAUCUACUAUGUUCCGACCUCCCACCCCAACACUUCAGAUUAGAUCUUUGCUGGUGUCGCAGUGUUAUUGUGCUGGUGUGAUGAUGAUGAUGAUGAUGAUCAUGGUGAAAUCAGUGUGAAAUCCUUUUACGAUUAAUCCCUCUGAAAAAUGGGGCAAUGAAAAACAUGGCAACACAAGCAGCCGCCACCAGUGUUUUGUGUCAGACACACAGGAAAUGGAGGACCUUCAGAUAUUGAGCGGCCCGAGGAAUGCGACACCGACGUCAAUAGCCAGCACAAAUAAACAGCAGCACCAGGCAGGCAGACCCUGCUGCUCAGAGACAGAGGAGAAUGGAUCCACAGGACAGGAAACUGUUGACGCUGAGACGCGAUAGUCUGGCGUCCCAUUGUGACAUACUGUAGCUACGCGGCUCUGAGACCACCAUCCGCAGGGGACGCACAGCCCGAACGUGCACCUCCCCACAAUUCCCAACCAACGCGGCUCCGCCUUAACAGCAUACACAUACCUCACCAUCUUCGAUCUCUUCAGUCUGAUCACCUGUCUGCUGAGUUCCUGGGUGUCCAUGAAGAAGCCUAGUCAGCUCUUCUCGUUUGGGUUUAAGCGGCUGGAGGUCCUGGCUGUGUUUGCCUCCACGGUGCUGGUGCAGCUGGGUGCUCUGUUCAUUCUGAAGGAGAGUGUGGAGAGAUUUGUGGAGCAGCCGGAGGUGCACACGGGUCGUCUGUUGGUGGGGACCUUUGUAGCGCUGUUCUUCAACCUGCUAACUCUUCUCUCUGUGAAGAACAAGCCCUUUGUCUACGUCUCAGAAGCUGCCAGCACCAGUUGGCUCCAGGAGCAUGUUGCAGACCUAAGUCGAAGCCUGUGUGGGAUUAUCCCUGGCCUCAGCAGUGUCCUUCUGCCUCGAAUGAAUCCAUUUGUCUUAAUCAACGUGGCCGGAGCUCUCGCUCUCAGCAUCACCUACAUGCUCAUCGAGAUCAAUAAUUACAAUGCUGUGGACACAGCCUCGGCGGUGGCCAUCGGCCUCAUGAUUUUUGGCACCAUGUAUCCUAUGAGCGUGUACAGCGGGAAGGUGCUCCUUCAGACCACUCCAUCCCAUGUCAUCGGUCAGCUUGACAAAUUGCUCAGAGAGGUCUCCACUCUGGAGGGGGUCCUGGAGGUCCGUAACGAGCACUUCUGGACGGUUGGCUUUGGAUCUCUGGCUGGAUCCGUCCACGUCCGAAUACGCCGGGAUGCCAACGAGCAGAUGGUGCUGGCCCAUGUGACCAACCGCCUCUUUCCCCUCGUGUCCACGCUGACGGUUCAGAUUUUCAAGGAUGACUGGAUCCGGCCUUCCCUCGUGGCCGAGGCGCUCCCAGCCGGCACACUCAGACCUUCUGACUACGGGGGCCUGUCCAGCUUCGUCCCCCCUCCCCACAAACCCUUGGAGGACAUGGAUCGGCUCACCUCCACCCCAUCCAAACCCAGCAGCCCACCGCCAGAGUUCUCCUUCAACACCCCGGGGAUGCAUGUCCACCCCAUGGUGCUACCCAGCACCCAGCCUCACAGGCCUUACGUCAUGGGCCUCAACUACGGAGCCUCCCCUUACACCAGCAUGCUCAACCAGGACCUAGCCCGGCCGGGAAGUGGGUUGGGGAUGAACCUGGGAAUGGGUGCAGGGAUGCCUUCGUCACAACAAGGUUUCAGAACUGCCUUGGGUGCAGCGCCACAGCGAUUUGGAAGCAUCCCUCUCCCAUCACAGUACAGACCCUGAUGUUUAGAACGUGAGGUAUAGAAGUGGGAUAUUAGAGAGAGAAUAUAUUAUGGUAUUUAUUUUGAUGGAACCAGGACAUCCAUUCUGACCUUUGGUUGAUUUUCUAUCUUUGUAUAUUUUUUGUAUUAUUCUUCAAAAAGCAAAUGAGUUGGAAAUUAACUGUAGGCCUGUGUUCUUUCUGUAUAUGAUAUGCCGGUUUAAAUUAAUUUUUCUUCUGUUUGAGAAUCGUGGAGGAGCUCUAUUGCUUUUGUACCAUAAAUGUGUGCGUUAAACCAUGAAUUCACUUUUGUGCUCUUAGGACUUGAAUGUUUGAUUCAAUAACUAUUAUUCCCUUGGUCGAUGGCCAUCAAAAGAUGGGAGUGAUAUUUUUAGGGAGAAAACAAAGUGACCUAAUGCAGGGACAAGACACAAUGGGGCAAUACAUAGACUGAUAUUUUCCCCCAUUAACUGUAUUAGAAGCAUCACUUUGAUACACUAAAAUGAUUCCUGAUACCAACCUCAAUGCUAUGUAUUACACCUGUUACUAUUUUAUGGAAAACAAAUACUUAUUAUUUUAAUUUCAGUAUAGUCUACAAUAAAUUAAAUGCAAACUCUCAUGUAGAAUCACUGUAAUUGCCCUAUUGUUUGUCAUAUACUUGAACUUUCCGGGUCUAUGUCCAUUGAAAGUCUCACCAAUGAGUUUGGCGACUCAGCAUGGGACGUGAAUUGUCAGCUAUCUGCAUUUGAAUUUGUCCUUAAAAAAAUUAUGAAGGCCGACUUCAAUGUUCCAACAUAAUAUCCCAACCGAAGCUUUAAGACGUUGAUUAAAAAAAGACCCGCCCUGUUGAGAGCGAAUGGUGAAGAAGCCCAUACAUAAAAUUGAAGCCUAUAUGAGAAACAUCUGGCAUGUAAUAAAAAUGUUCCUCUUGUAUUUUUUUUUCUUUUUGUUUUAAUUUCAUGUUUACAGUCUUUCAUACAACUUGUGUUAGGCUAAUUUUGACAUUUUCAUUAUUGCGUUUGGCUAAAUAAAAGUAUCCUUGUGAAGCCACCUGAUCCUGCCAGCUUGCUGCACGGAUCAGUCUGGUAUUUACGAAAAAUAAAAUUUCGCCAUGUAGGGAAAUAUGAUAUUCAGUCAAACCUUUCUUUAUUAAAAAAAGACCCGCGAUGUUGAGAGCGAAUGGUGAAGAAGCCCAUACAUAAAUUGAAGCCUAUAGGAGAUAAACAUCUGACAUGUAAUAAAAACAUUCCUCUUGUA